GACUUCGGCCGAACCCCUACCUUGUUCCACCAUGUCGGCGGCGCGUCUCACCAUCCGAGCCAACGCUGACCUUCCCAGUCUCUAUUCCGAUUCGCGUACGCAUCUUCCGCAGGGGGGCAACAUUCAACAGCCCGGGGAUCCGUCUGCGACCCGCAACGUGCGCUUGCCUCGUGCCACGCAAAGCGGCGGCAUCAUCAGCAAGAGCGAGGAUGGAUUGCGCUGUGUAGUGGGCGGCAGAGAAUACCUGCGAAUCAUUCGGGCCACAAGUCCGGACGAAGUGCAUCCUUCCUCAGAGCACAGAUGGAGUCUGGGACCUGGCGGGUAUCGUCUGGAUGCAUCGAGAAACAUGUGGGAUGGGAGCGGUCUCAAGGUUGAAAGCACCAUAACAGAUGUGGCCUGGUGCCAUGGGCGUGCGUUCUCAACCGCUUCAUCCUCUGAAAGCUAUUCUCAUGCCGAACAAGUGUUCAAUCACAAGAUACUGACCGGCGCUAAGAGCGGAGAGUUGAUAAUGUGGGACUUGACCAGAUCCUCCAAGUUUGAACGCAAAGCCAAGGACCACGUCCGCUCUGUACACAAGUUGGCCGUUUCUCCCCUCGCUCAGCACUACUGUGUGACCGGCUCUGCUGACGGAGAUCUACGCGCAUGGGACAUCCGGGAUAUGCAACGGUCCAUUAUGCGCAUUCGGAAUGCCAGUGCAAUCCGCGCGAUGGCCUUUUCUCCGAAUCCGUCUUCGGCCCUGCAAGUCAUCGCUGGUUUCGAGAACGGCAGUUUGCUUCGUCUUGACUUGCGAUUGGGUCAGCGCGGUACAAUAGACCGCCUACCUGUCGCCCAUUCCUCUAGUGUGACAUCGAUGGAUUGGUGUCUGCGCGACGGGGAGAUGGCUGCGGACACCAGCUCUGGGUUGGGCUGGUUGGUCACAUCGGGGCUCGAUAAAACCGUGAAGAUCUGGGAUCUGACCAAAGUUGCUCUCGAUCCUCCAGCAAGCGGUGAUGCCCGUGGAUCGCGGAAACCUUCAUACACACUGCAUCCAUCGUUUCCCGUUCGGAGAGUGUUGUGGCGACCUGGCUAUGUUUGCGAGGUGGCUGUGAUCUCCAACUCCAAUGCUGAAUUUGGCAGCGGCAAUUUCUCCGAACUGGCCGGUUCCAAUUCCCGGGGAACUUAUGCGUCGGUUCUCAGCCCUCAGAGCGAGAGAGUCAACCGUGCAUCUGCAACCGCUGACAGGCACAAGUCGACUGCGGGAAUCGGCGACGCUGUUGAGAUAUGGGAUGCCAGGCGUGGAUGGAUUGCCAAAUGGUCGAUCCGCGGGUCUGCUAUCGACGGUGGUGUCACUGACAUUGCAUUUCGCGACUCUCACGCGUUAUGGGCUAGUCAUUCGUCUGGAAUGUUCUCGCAGCUCGAUCUUCGCGAGUCUAUUCGACCUAUUGACGCGAUCCCUCGCUCUGCCGUUGCUUGGGAAGCUUCAGGCUCGUUGGCGUUUGCCGUUGGAUCCCGUGACCAAUGGGAGGUUCCUUACGAUGAUCUACGUCCUGACUAUCGCGCUGCAAUGAGCGACAAGCGCAAGAAUACUCUAAUCAAGGCAUUGGGAGAUCCCAAGUAUCAGCCUCAGCAUCAAACGUUAGCCAACUUCUCCGAUCUCGACUCUUUCACGGGGAUUGAGACAAUCACCAAAUUCGCUCGCGCGUAUACCAUUGAGGGUUUUUCCCGUCUCGCAUUGUGCGAGAUGAAUGCCCAGGCAUGUACCGUCUUUCACGCGUCUGGGCAGGACUCAUUUCGUCACAGACCGCUUUCGAUAUCCGCUCGUCUCACCGACUGCCACCGCCGCGAUCACAAGCAAUUACGCCUUCCCGCCAGUCUCCUCGUCACGAGACACCAGUACGUCGACAUCCAGGAAGCGCACGCCCGUUUCCUCCGCGUCGUCGUCUCCACGGCUGCACGUGGGAUCACUGCCGCCGACGAGUUCGCGCCCGCCUAUGGGUCGUCGCAAGUCCGGCGACUCGAGCCUAUCUGGAGGGCGGCGACCAUCGCACUUGCGAAAGCUCUCCAUGACGAGCAGUUCGCUUCUGUCUCCGACCUUGCUUGAUUCCGCCAAGCACGUCGGUGAGGGCGCACUCGACUCGGACGAGGACGACUCUUCGGACGGAGGCACGGGCGACGAGCGGACCGACGAUGAUGAUGACGACGAGGCUGGCGGCCCCGUGGUUGCUGUCACCCCAGUCCGCAUGAAAAGCCGCUCGCUGUCCAUACCCCCAGCGCCGAGCCCUUGUCAAGAGAAAUGGAGCAGGAAUCAGCCGGGGACGACUCGUCGGUUUCCCCCAAUUCCACUGACGUCGAGGGCAGCCGGUAUCAGUCCCCCAAAUCCAAGUCCCGAUCGACGAGCUACGCGUCUCGACUCAAGGCGAGCAGCAGGAGCUCCACUACACUGGCGUCGCUGAGGCGGGAGUCGUCGCACAGCAGCAUCCAAACUGUGACUGCGACGGGAGAGGUCUCGUUCCAUGACCCGCACGGGCUGAAAGCGGAGGAAACGAUCAGAGACCUUCGGGCGCAGAAAUCUGCAGAGAUGCAACAAGCCGACCAAGAGCAGCAGGACAGCGCUGACUUGCACAAGUUAUCGGACCGCAGGGCCGAUUUCGUCCACCAGGACGAGUAUAACCUGCACCAGAUCACAUGGGAGAUUCUGCGAGACACGUUGCGCCAGUUUGCGGAUGAGGGCGAUGUCCAGACAUGUGCUAUGCUGGCUCUAGUGGCGCCUGAGGAACUGCGAUUGCAGCCGAGGCAGAUCCUGCGUUACCUCGAGUCAUACAUCGAGCUGUUGUCCCGCUUGCAAUUGUACACGACGGCUGCCUACAUCCGGAAAUUCUGCCAGACGGAAGAAGUGCGGAACCGAACCUUGGUGGAGACCGUGAUCCACACGUUGUGCGGGAAAUGCAGGAAGGCGAUCGUCGUAUCGUCAGCGGGACAGCUCGUGCGGGGAGCAUACGCCUUCUGCUCCACGUGCAAAGCACACUGUGUCACGUGUGCAAUCUGCCGGCUGCCUGUGCGGACUUUGCUUUUCCAAUGCUCGAUCUGUCAUCACGGUGGCCACCAAUCGUGCUAUCGGCGGUACUACAUGGAGAACUCGAUGGUGCCCAUGCCAGGCUCGGUGCUGACAGACGAGACCCGGGGUCGACGGCGCGCCCGCGACCAGGCCUUGAAUGGCCCUGGCGAAGCAGCCGCGAACGAAAAGCGCUUCGGGCAUCCCUGUGUUUCUGGCUGCGGCCACUGGUGCUGGGCAGCCAACGAAGAAACCUGACAUUGGCAAAUACACGGUCUCUAUGUUUUCUCUUCUGUGUCUGCCACGGUUUCCCGCUGCUCAUGUCUCUGCUCCGAAAUCUGCCGCCAUCUCGUGUACGCCGUGAGAAGCACGAUGAGGGGGCAUAGCACGAUGAUGGAGACCAUCCCUCGCCGCCACCUCGGCGCAUCGUUGGCCGGGAAGAAGACGAUAGACCACCAGGCGUUGAAGGCGUUGCUCCACAUGUUCAUCGCGGCCAGAAUCACGGAACGCUCUUGGUCGUCGCCGCGCGCAAGGUCGUUGCACCAGCCAAAGUUGGAUGCCUGGCCUGCGUAUGAAACACUGCGGGGCAUCCGUCAAACUCAAACCAGGCUCACGAGCCAAUUCGGGUGACGCACCCGGCCAGAUAGAAGGCGAAGAAUAUGCUGCCCGUGGAGGGGUAGGCAAGGAGGACCGAGGACGAUAUCAGCAUACACACUGCAAUCAGGAUAUUCACUUGGUAUCGCUUCUGUGUGUAGUCAGUCCACACAGCCUGUUCCAGCCGUCAAUCUACAUUCUCC